ACAAGCGGAUUUGAAGUUUACUUAUGUGGUUUCUUGUCAAAUUUAUGGGCAACAAAAAGCAACGUAAGGCGCCAGAAGCUGCUGAUAUUGCUCUUUUGUUGCAGAGGAACGAGGCGCUUCGAGUUGCUUUUAUUCAUGUGGAGGAGAGUGGUGCAGCUGAUGGAAAUAUUUCCAAGGAAUUUUACUCAAAGCUUGUCAAAGCUGAUAUUCACGGAAAGGAUCAGGAAGUAUAUUCUAUUAAACUUCCUGGAGAUCCCAAGCUUGGAGAAGGAAAGCCUGAGAACCAAAACCAUGCCAUAGUCUUCACGCGUGGGGAAGCCGUUCAAACUAUUGACAUGAAUCAGGACAAUUAUCUCGAGGAGGCAAUGAAAAUGAGAAAUCUUCUUGAAGAAUUUCAUGGAGAUCAUGGCAUUCGACCUCCCACUAUUCUUGGUGUUAGGGAGCAUGUUUUUACUGGAAGUGUCUCAUCUUUAGCUUGGUUUAUGUCCAAUCAAGAGACUAGUUUUGUCACAUUGGGCCAGCGCGUCUUGGCAAAGCCCCUUAAAGUCCGCAUGCACUAUGGGCAUCCGGAUGUGUUUGAUAGAGUAUUUCAUAUAACUCGAGGUGGCAUUAGCAAGGCAUCACGCGUUAUCAACAUUAGCGAAGAUAUAUUUGCCGGAUUCAACUCCACAUUGAGGCAAGGGAAUAUUACCCACCACGAAUAUAUUCAGGUUGGGAAAGGAAGAGAUGUGGGGUUGAACCAGAUUGCGCUGUUUGAAGGAAAAGUGUCUGGAGGAAAUGGAGAGCAAGUCCUAAGUAGGGAUGUGUACAGGAUUGGUCAGCUAUUUGACUUCUUCAGAAUGCUUUCUUUCUAUUUCACAACUGUUGGUCAUUAUGUUUGCACAAUGAUGACAGUCCUCACUGUAUACAUAUUCUUGUAUGGAAGAGCUUACUUGGCUUUCUCUGGAGUUGAUCGUGCAAUCUCACGUGAAGCGAAAAUGUCGGGUAACACAGCUUUGAAUGCGGCUCUUAAUGCACAAUUCUUGGUCCAGAUUGGAAUCUUCACUGCCGUCCCCAUGAUAAUGGGAUUUAUACUUGAGCUGGGAUUGUUGAAGGCUGUUUUCAGUUUUAUUACCAUGCAACUUCAGUUGUGUUCUGUAUUCUUCACAUUCUCGUUGGGAACUAGAACUCAUUAUUUUGGGCGUACUAUUCUUCAUGGAGGUGCAAAAUACAGAGCCACUGGUCGAGGCUUUGUAGUCCGUCACAUCAAAUUCGCUGAAAAUUACCGGCUUUACUCAAGGAGUCAUUUCAUCAAAGCGCUUGAAGUGGCACUGCUUCUUAUAGUUUACAUCGCAUAUGGGUACACAGACGGUGGUGCAGUUUCUUAUGUUUUGCUGACUCUUAGCAGUUGGUUCCUUGUCAUCUCCUGGCUCUUUGCACCAUACAUUUUUAAUCCCUCAGGUUUUGAAUGGCAAAAGACGGUUGAAGAUUUUGAUGAUUGGACCAGUUGGCUCCUAUACAAAGGUGGAGUGGGAGUGAAGGGAGACAACAGCUGGGAAUCAUGGUGGGAUGAAGAGCAGAUGCAUAUCCAAACAUUCAGAGGUCGGGUAUUGGAAACGAUAUUAACCCUGAGGUUCUUCAUUUUUCAAUAUGGCAUUGUAUACAAACUCCAUCUCACAGGAAAGGAGAAUUCACUUGCGAUUUAUGGCUUCUCCUGGAUUGUGCUGGUUGGCCUUGUCAUGAUUUUCAAGAUCUUUACCUAUAGCCCUAAAUGGUCCACUGACUUCCAGUUGGUGGUACGAUUCAUGCAAGGAGUUGCAUCCUUAGGGCUGGUCGCAGCCCUCUGCCUUGUUGUUGUGUUUACUGAUCUGUCGGUUACAGACCUGUUCGCAAGCAUCCUUGCCUUUAUUCCGACUGGAUGGGCCAUAAUAUGUCUGGCUAUAUCAUGGAGAAAGCUUGUCUGGGCUCUUGGCUUGUGGGACUCGGUGCGUGAAUUUGCCAGAAUGUAUGAUGCUGGGAUGGGUAUGAUUAUCUUUUCCCCUAUCGUAUUCUUGUCGUGGUUUCCAUUUAUUUCUACCUUCCAGUCCCGCCUUCUCUUUAACCAAGCAUUUAGCCGUGGGCUGGAAAUCUCCCUUAUCCUCGCUGGAAACAAGGCAAAUGUUGAGCUCUGAUUUUUUUUUCCCCCUUCACUAUCUGAAAUAUGAGCUGCUGUAACCCUGCAAAGAACGUAGAUUUUAGGCACAUUCUUUAGGCAAGAGUACUUUUAUAUGAUGAUGUUUUGAUUUCGAGUCGGUGAGUUUUGAUGUAGCUGUACAUCUACAUAUUGUUGUAAAAAGUUAGAUAUUUGGAGUCUCUGUUCUUAUCUCCCCCACGUCCUAUCAUAGAUAACAGAGAAUUGGAGCUUUUCUCCAUUUGUAAUUGCUACUUCAAAUUGUAAUUUUGCACAUGAUUUGCCUUGGUAAUUUUUAAAUUCUAACCCCCCUUUGAACAA